CUUUCUCUCUUUUCGCAGAUCAUGAGGCUCCCGCUGUUGCUGUUGCCCGCUCUCCUGCUCACGUCCGCGGCACUCCCAGUGAGUGAGGAUGAGAUGGACGGCGAGUCUUCGGGGCGCAUCAUUGGCUCCAGCGUGGUCACGUCCGUGUCUGUGGUGAUGAAUGGACAGAAACCGGAAUUUACUGAUGCAAUUGGGAAGCCAGUGCCGCGACCUCUGGUCCCGCCACAAGUGGCCAGUCCAAUCAAUCUCCUCAAUCCAGACAAGUACGAGUUCUACACAUUCGACGAGUCUGGAGAGCUGAUAAAGCGCCUCAUGACCAUGAAGGAGAUCCAGAGCAUUGUGGCAGGAGGAGAUGGCGAAGGGAGUCUCAUGAUGAAUCCCACAAACAACUCCUCAGAGAAUGACACCAAAGUGGACGAGAUCGUCGAGAGUGUGCAGAAUGUGCUGAACAAGGAGAUGGAGGCGAACAAGAACGCCACAAAUACCAGUCAUCCCAUCUUCGAUACGCCUGAUGUCUCCGCCUCCUGGAGUCUCAUCCUGCCUGCCAUUUUCGGCAACACCGGCAACCAUGAGAUCAUCACACAUAAGCCACAAUCGAUCGCCAUGACGCCGGAGAGCGAACUUCUGGAGGUGACCACGAAAACUCCCGCCAAAACCACUUCACCAGCCGUCCCCACUGACGAAACGAAGAACAUCCCUCUGUACCAUCGACCGACGGCCACAGAGAAGAUCACUGAAAAAACCACUGAGAAGACCACUGAAAAGACUACUGAAAAGACCACUGAGAAGACCACUGAAAAGACCACUGAAAAGAGUACUCAGAAGACCACCGAGACGCCCACAGAAGCUCCCAAAGAGACAACUGUGAGUCCUGCGGAUACUUCCUCUUCCACCACAACUAGAAGGCCCUCAACAACUCCUCCAAUGCGAGUCAGAGUCACAGCGAAUCCCAACAGAACGAGAAUUUCCACUACGCGGAGACCAAUUGUGACGACAGUGCAGAAGAUUACGGAAAUUAAUACAGUCAUCUCGCGACUUCCCUCAAGUCCAUUAGCGCAAAAAGUCACAGAGAAGACCUCAACAACGCCAAAGCCCACAGCCACCACAUCCAGAUUGCCCACCAAUUCACCAGCAACCCCAACAACCACCCGAAAACCACCGUCGACGACUGUGUCCACCACAGAGCGGCCAACGGAGAGGUCAACGAAGAAGACCACAACGAGGCCCACGGAGAAGACCACGGAGGAGAGCAAGAAACUACCAUCUCCAUCGCCAACAAUGGGCACAACUGUGGCCGUGGAGGCAUCCACCAUGACCUCAGCAAGCACGAGUGGCCCCAGCAUUGGCACCACUGAAACAAUGCAGCCGCAGAAUGCGGAAAAGACGGCAGAGAGUGCGGAUGAUGAAUCCGCAGCCAUGGAGGAGAACUCAAUCAACCAAAUAAUCCAAUCGCUCAGCGGUUUCCCGGACGCCGAGGCGGCAUCCACACUAUCAUCACUGGAAUCACUGUCCGAUGGCAUUACAACCGUGAAACACCCCGAAGAUAUGCACGAUGAUGAGGAGGAACAAAUGCCGACAACUGUAAAAGUAAUUUCGGUCAGUGAACCAGUGAAAAGUGAGGUGGCGACAGAGGCAACGCAGCCACACAAUACGGAUCAUGUGGGAAAGCCCAACAAGAUAUUUGCAAACAAUCAAUUGUAUGUGGAUGAAGCGGAUCCCCAAGUGUCUGAGAUCAGCACACCUGAGCCAGAAACCACCACGGAGGAGGAGGGUACAGAGACGACGCUCUCGAGUGAGUCUGUGUCUGAGAAUUUCGCCGCUCUGCCGCAGAACAGCGGUAUCGCGCAGCUUAUCGAUCGCUUCAUCGCAGCCAACUCAAACAGUGUGCCCGUGACGCUGGCGCCGCUGGAGACACAGCCGAUGAUCCCCAAAGUUGAGCAGAUGGUCCAGUCAACACUCAGGAGAAACAUUACCAUGACCGAUUUUGUCGAACAAGUCGCCACAGUGGCUUCCAUCCUUCACGGUGACGAAGCCGACGAGACGUCGACUGAGAAGCUUGAUCUCAUGAGCAAUUUGGAGGAAUCUCUCUCGAAUCUCCUCUUCCAAGUCACCGAUGAACGCCCACAUUCGGUGCCUCUGAUUGAAGAUCCCAACAUCGAGAGCAAGAUGCCCAACAUUGAUUCCGAGAAUGCAGUUGCAGAUGAGGAAGUGUCAACAAUUGCAACCACUGUCCAGGAAGAAGAGUUCAGCACUCUUACCGAAAGCGCUAUUGAGGUGGAGGAGUUCACGACCACAGAAUCAGCGACUGAAUUGCCAGCAGAAGAAGAAGAAACUAUUUUGCCUGAAACCACUGCCUUCCCUAACUUCGAUCCUGAUCAGACAUUCAACGAACUGGAAUCUCUGGCUCAGGUCAAGGAAUCGGCAGAGAAUGAAGUGACUAACAAGGAUGAGGUCAGAGUGGAAACAUCGAUAGUCAAGGAGACCUCGUCGGUGUCUUUCUCUCAGCAGAAACCCAAGAAUAUUACAACCACAACAACUACAGCAGCAAUCACUACAGAACCCCAGAGAGAGAUCACCACAGAAACUCCCGAGACUCCCGAAUUCACAGAGCGAAGCACAGAAAUUCAGGCAGAAACCACCGAAUUGCCAAACACCAUUGAUGAUGCUCCCGAUUCUGGACCCUUGACCUCGGAUAUUCUUAGCAUCAUUGGAACUGUUGGCGAUAUGCUGCUGGACACAGAGAUUCCAACCAACGUGGAUGAACUCGUUACAAUGCCAAUUGAAGAGUCCACUGACGCAACAUCUCAGCCUCUGUCGACACACUUCGAUGAAGCCACGGAGUUUCCCACAGCCACUCCCGCCACUGAGGCGCUUGAAGAUGAAACUGUGGCAUCAACCACGCCGGAGAGUGAUGAAAUGACCAGCGAGUACGAGACAUCGACUCUCUCCUCAGCCGAAAUAAGCACAGAUCUGGCUGAGGAGACCUUCUGGACUCUGGACGGUUUCACGGGACGCCCAACAACGAACUUCAAUGUCCUCAACUUCAGGAAGAACGACGUGGACGAGAGCCAGCAGACAGAGACCCCAGACCCAGCGUCAAACACCGUCGCCACUGAUGAGGUUAGCGAAGAGAUCAGCCAGAAAACUACCCAGAGAUCCUCACCCAAGACAACCCAAUAUAAAUUCAUAACAAUCGGUGUGACUCGCCCUGAAGAAGGUCCAAUUAAUGUUCCGACACCUUUUGGCUUUCACACGCGCGUCACCGAGGCAAUUAUCCCAGAGACAACGGAGAUCGCCCACGAGACAACCACAAAUUCCCACGAUAAUUCUGAAGAUGACACCGAUGCCACCACAGUGGAUGAAAGUGAGGAGAUUUACACGAGAUUAGGCGAGACCACAGAGAAAUCCCCCGAGCAGACGACACUGCUUGACGGUGAAAAAAUUGAGGAUGAGAACACAAUUACCGGCGAGCCAGAAGACUCUCCAACUACCCUCAAGAAUCUGCCCCAGAAGCGGCCAGUCUCAGUCUUUCACGUCAACACCCCCAAACCCAGUCACAUCUCGCCGGCGCUCAAGCAAAACCCCCGGAAACCCGUGCCUGUGAAUCUGAAACCCGCCCCGAAGGAAGCCCUGGGCCUCGAGCAGAGCACCCAGAACCUCGAUCAGGAUCUCAUAGACUUUGUCAAUCUCUGCAAUGAAUUGGCAUUCACUUACUGGAAGGCCAUGACCGCCGAGGGUGUCAGCACGUCCAGGAGCAUCGUUGUCGCUCCAUUUGCCGUCACUUCCAUGCUGGCGAUGAUCUUCCUUGGCGCCCGCGGAGCCACAUCUGGGGAGAUGAACGAAAUCUUGCGUCUGGAUGACAUGGUGACCUUCAAUCCACACGCGGUGUUCAAGAACGUCACGGAUUCCAUUGAGAAUCUGAGGGAAAGCGGCGUAUUCACCAGUGCUGUGGUGAGGGAACUGUUCAGCGAUCGCACGAAGGGCAGACUCUUGUCGUUCUACAAGGACAAGGUGCAGCAAUUCUACUCAGGACACGUUGAGGAGGUGAACUAUGCCGUGAUCAAUGAUGUCAUCCGCCGGAGGACGAAUCUGCUGAUGAAGCGUCACACAUGGGGAAAAGUCAUGGAAUUCCUCAAGACCAACACCAUCACAAUGAGACCUCCUCUGGCCACAGUGUCUGCAAAUAUAUUCAAGACUGACUGCUCCAAAGCCUCCAGCUUCGAACGCGACGGAGAGAUGUUCUUCCAAAUCGCCCCAAUUGUGCGACAGCGUCGUCUGGUGCCACUCCCGGCGGCCGUGUUUCGCUCUGGCUUCAUGGCCGGUUAUGAUCCCGAACUGGACGCCACGGCGGUGGCAUUUGGGAACAGCAACAAUGUCGUGAGCACGGUGCUUGUGAUGCCUGGCCAGCAGGGUCACCUGCAAUCCGGCGACAGCCUGGAUCGCCUCGAGAUCGCUCUCCUGCAGAAUGGCAUCACGAAGAAUGCCUGGCGUCGACUGCUCACCACUCUCAUGGAGCGCCCCGGACUAGAGCUGCAAAUCCCCAAAUUCACGCACAGAUCCUUCAUCAACGCCACCAGCGGCCUCCAGCGGAUGGGGCUUAAUGAGCUCUUCGAUUCCGAGAAGUCCGACUUGCGCGGCCUCACGGCGUCGGCUAGCAAGGACAUGUUCUUCUCCGACAUGGUGCAGAUCAACGCCUUCGCAACGUGCGGCGAGGACAAAUCCCCGGAUCAGCAUCAUGUGGAAGUCUAUCCGUCGCCGCCCAUCCAGAAGAGCUUCUACCUCGGCGAAUUCACGCGCGGCCUCGUUGACGAGCUGCCCGAGAGUGUGCGCAUGAAGCUGCUAAUGACACAAGAGCACCAGCGAGCCCUCUUCGAUCCCUUCUACGAAACCAAAUACCUCGAGCUGCCCCUGUCGCUUCGUCCUCGCCAGGCGAGGAUUCCGGAAGCGCCCAGGCUGCGGUUCGACCGUCCCUUCCUCUUCUUCGUGCGCCACAACCCCACGGGCAUGAUCCUGUAUAUGGGGCGCUUCAGUCCGCGACUCCAUCCAUAAGGCAGUGGUGGAAAGCAGUGCACAAGAUUAGUCUUAAUGAGCGUAGAUUUAAUUAGCCAUAGGAUUGCCCUAUUUAUUCCUUCCCAGCAGCGCAACUGAAGUUAACUUAUUUAGGCGAGUAUUAGCAUAUCUUGGUAAUGGAAAGUCCUCUCUAUCUCUUGAUGUCCUGCGAGAGAUGUCUCGUGAAAAGCACGUGAUUGCCGCAAUUACAUUCAUCGACAUUCAUUAAUUUGGACUCACAUUCGCACCAUGUGACUUCAAAUUGACGAAUUCGCCACAUUUAUUAUUGCUUUCCUCUCUAACUUUACAAAGUCCCCAAUUUAGGAGCACAAAAGGCGAAUGUAAAUGCAGCGAUUGACUCAUCCACACUUUGUCACGCUCUCCUUCUUCCCACCAACUUCCAUCGACUACGUUUAAUAUAUUUUAAUAUCCAAUUAAAGUAUUUAAUUAAGGUAAAGACAGAGAGACAGUCUCUCUACUUCGCAUAAUUAUAUUGUCGCAAGAAUUUCCUACAAAUAAAACUGUACUGUGUAAAUA